AUGCGACUAGGAAUUGGCUUUCAAGACGACGUGGACAGUAUCAAGAAUGAAGCAAUGGAUGAUUCGACGUCGUCAUCUCAUACCAGCAGUAAACAAAAGCAUGAGGAAGAAGAAAGUUCAUUACCAUAUUGUGGUCUUGUCAAUAAUGGCAAUUUAUGUUUUGUGAAUGCAGUUCUUCAGUGUCUUGGCACAAUUCCUGGUUUUCUUGACAGUGUGGACCGAGGCCUACGUAUGCGCAGACAAUUGGACAUGGUACAAUUAUUAGAGAACAAUGAUCAAGCACAGAAGAUACUAGUGGCAGAGUCACUUGUGAGCUUAUUGAAAGGUAUAACUCGAGACAAGACGCUGGAUCUGGAACUAGAAGACCAAGCAAAGCAGGACCGACAGAGACACAUUCGUGACGAUACUUACCAGAAAAUGAGGAAUUUUAGAGCCGUAGUGAGUCGAUGUACUGACUUGGUGUCAAGUGCAGCAUCGAGACAGGAGCAACAGGAUGCCGAGGAGUUUCUUUUGUUCUUGUUGGAAUUACUGCAUGAUUUGUUGCGGAUGCCAGCGGAGCCAGAGCGACAGGAAGAAGAACGGCAGUACUUUUUACAGUCGGAAAAUUGGUUUUUGAAAAAGCUAAAGAGGUAUAACCCGAACGACCCUCGGUCUUAUUAUCAUGCAGUGGCAAGCCUUGGUGAACUGAGAUGGAAUCACUUUUUGCAACAGAAUGCCUCGGUGAUCACCGAUAUCUUCUCAGGACAAACUGUUCGAGGCUCUCAGUGUUGUAGCUGUGCGAACCUUACGUGUCUUCAUGAAGAACAACGUAUCAUUUCUCUUACGAUCUCCUCAGAGAAAGGAGGUCAAAAGCUUGCCAAGUGCCUGGAACAUUAUAGUCAUCCAGAACAGCUUACAGGGGAUAACCGUGUAUACUGCGAAGGUUACUGCCGCACUAAGACUGCUCGCAUCACACAGAUCCUCCUGCAGCGUGUGCCGCGGGUGCUAGUAAUUCAGCUGCAACGAUUCAAGCACGCGUCGUUUGGAGGUCAAACCGAGAAAGUGAAUACGCCAGUGAGUUUUCCAUGUGGAAGAGACGAUCUUUUGGAUAUUACAAUGAACGCUUUCUUCCGGGAUGAAGAGAAACGCGUCACAUUUGAGCUAACCGCAGUGUGCGCUCAUCUUGGCAGCUCCAUUGACUCUGGUCACUACAUCGCAUAUGUGCGGCAUCAAGAUCGACGCCGAGAUGGUACACCUUCCGAUAAGUGGCUUCGACUCGAUGAUGAAGAAGUCGCCAUAAUUGACGAAGCAGUGCUACGUAAUGAGACGCUGUCUUCUGCGUACCUGCUCUUCUACGCUCAAGUGCGUAGGUGA